CUGCCCAUCGUCAGGGCGGCGGCCGCCCAGCCGGAGCCCGCCGAGACCCGCGCGGCCCGGUCCGCUGCCGUCGCCCCCCCAUGCGCGGGGGUCGCUCCGCUGGGUCCUUGGCCUUGGCGGCGGCGGCGGCGGAGGAGGCGAAGGCGAGACGGGACGGGCGGCUGCGGGCUCCUGCGCGGAUGGAAGGUCCUGGCGCGGAUGUUUGCUGAGCAGAGGCUGUGCAGUAGGCAGGGCUGGUGGGUCGGCCGGUGUUUCUGAUUUGUGUGUGUGUUUGUGUGUGUGUGUGUGUGUGCAUUGUUGUGCGGCGCACGGGCAGGACUGGCGUGUGCAGGAGCCAGGGAUCGAGGCUCUGCCUCCUCUGCAAAGACUGAUCCAGGAUUAUGGUCUAGGUGAAGGGAGAAGGCUCUUGCUCACCCCAGGGAUUGAUUAUGCUCGGGUUUUGAUUGCAUUCGGGGGUUUCUGCAGCCGCGGACGCCUCCCCCUCCCCGGCGGCCCCCCUCCCUUGUUUUCCGUUAGAAACACGGGCAAGAAAAUAAAUGUAUUCACUGGGUGUCGCAAGAGCAAAGGCUAAAUAAUCAAAGGUAACAGCAGCAGCAAGGCGAGGAGACCCGCACGGUGUCCUGCUCCCCCGCUCCCAGACCUGCCCUUCUAUUUAUUGGCGAGACCUUCCUCCCCCCUGCUUGGUGCAAGUGCGUUGUGCGAGUGUUCAACCCCGGGAAAAGUGCAGCCAUCCAGCCAUGGUGGUUUUCAAUGGCUUGCUGAAAAUCAAGAUCUGCGAGGCAGUGAAUCUGAAACCCACAGCGUGGUCUCUCAGGCAUGCGGUGGGUCCCAGGCCACAGACCUUUUUGCUGGACCCUUACAUAGCCCUCAAUGUGGACGACUCCAGGAUCGGGCAGACCUCAACCAAGCAAAAGACCAACAGUCCUGCUUGGAAUGAUGAAUUUGUCACCGAUGUUUGUAAUGGCAGGAAGAUAGAGAUGGCUGUUUUCCAUGAUGCCCCCAUCGGGUACGACGAUUUUGUAGCUAACUGCACUAUACAGUUCGAGGACUUGCUGCAGAACGGGAGCCGCCACUUCGAGGACUGGAUUGACUUGGAGCCAGAAGGGAGAGUGUAUGUCAUCAUAGACCUUUCAGGAUCAUCAGGUGAAGCACCCAAAGACAAUGAAGAACGUGUGUUCCGGGAACGCAUGCGCCCCAGAAAGCGGCAGGGUGCCGUGCGACGCAGAGUACAUCAGGUUAAUGGACACAAGUUUAUGGCCACCUACCUUAGGCAGCCAACGUAUUGUUCACACUGCAGAGAUUUUAUAUGGGGUGUAAUAGGAAAACAGGGAUACCAAUGUCAAGUUUGCACUUGUGUAGUCCACAAGAGAUGCCAUGAACUUAUAAUAACGAAGUGUGCUGGCUUAAAAAAACAGGAAACUCACGAUGAGCAAGUGGGAUCCCAGCGUUUCAGUGUCAACAUGCCUCACAAGUUCAGCAUUCACAAUUACAAAGUGCCCACCUUCUGUGACCACUGUGGUUCAUUGCUCUGGGGUCUAUUGAGACAAGGUUUACAAUGCAAAGUUUGCAAGAUGAAUGUACAUCGACGCUGUGAAACAAAUGUGGCGCCAAACUGUGGAGUGGAUGCUAGAGGCAUAGCUAAAGUUCUUGCAGAUCUUGGAGUCACUCCAGAUAAGAUCACUAAUAGUGGACAGAGGAGGAAAAAGCUCAUUGCAGGUGCAGAGACACAACAACCAGUUCCUGGAAGUGCAUCAUCAGAAGAAGAUAGGUCAAAGUCAGCACCAACUUCUCCAUGCGAUCAAGAAAUCAAAGAGCUGGAAAACAACAUUAGGAAAGCAUUAUCGUUUGACAAUCGGGGAGAGGAACACAGAGCAACAGCUACAACAUCAACAGACAACCAGCUUCAAUCUGGGGAGAACGGUGAAAAUGGGGAGGUCAAACAGGCCCAGACCAAGCGAAUAGGCCUUGAAGAGUUCAAUUUCAUCAAAGUAUUAGGGAAAGGCAGCUUUGGCAAGGUAAUGUUAGCUGAGCUAAAAGGAAAAGAUGAAGUAUACGCAGUGAAAGUCUUGAAGAAAGAUGUCAUACUUCAAGAUGAUGAUGUAGACUGUACAAUGACAGAAAAGAGAAUUCUGGCAUUAGCACGGAAACAUCCAUACCUAACACAACUUUACUGCUGCUUCCAGACAAAGGACCGCCUCUUUUUCGUCAUGGAAUAUGUAAAUGGAGGAGACCUAAUGUUUCAAAUCCAGCGCUCACGCAAAUUUGACGAGCCUCGAUCCCGCUUUUAUGCAGCAGAGGUCACAUCAGCACUCAUGUUUCUUCACCAACAUGGCGUCAUCUACAGGGACCUGAAACUGGACAAUAUUCUUCUGGAUGCAGAAGGCCACUGUAAACUGGCUGACUUUGGGAUGUGCAAAGAAGGGAUUCUGAAUGGAGUGACCACCACAACCUUUUGUGGCACACCUGACUAUAUAGCUCCAGAGAUCCUCCAGGAGUUGGAAUACGGCCCAUCAGUAGACUGGUGGGCUCUGGGUGUUCUCAUGUACGAAAUGAUGGCUGGGCAACCCCCCUUUGAAGCUGACAAUGAAGAUGAUCUCUUUGAAUCCAUCCUUCAUGAUGAUGUCUUGUAUCCAGUCUGGCUCAGUAAAGAAGCCGUCAGCAUUUUAAAAGCAUUCAUGACAAAAAACCCAAAUAAGCGGCUUGGCUGCGUGGCAUCACAAAAUGGGGAAGACGCGAUUAAGCAGCAUCCGUUUUUCAAGGAAAUUGACUGGGUUCUUCUAGAACAAAGGAAAAUCAAACCACCCUUCAAACCUCGGAUUAAAACCAAAAGGGAUGUAAAUAACUUUGAUCAAGACUUUACACGAGAAGAACCAGUAUUAACGCUAGUGGAUGAGACAAUUAUAAAACAAAUCAAUCAAGAAGAAUUUAAAGGGUUCUCAUAUUUUGGAGAAGAGCUACUGCCAUAAACAACAUUAGGCUGACAGAUGAAUGAUGCUGCAAGAAGUGAUUCUGAAGAGGUCAACAAAUUACUGAGACUCAGUAGAUCAAGAACUACUUUUCUUACCCUGAGCCCCUAUCCCAAAUUAAAGUAUAUAUUUAUUGUGUUUUUUUUUCCUUUAAUCUUCUGACCUGAAAGCACUCUUAAUUUCUGUCUCACAAAGCAAUGCAAAAUAAUUUUGUAUCAGAAAUUGUAGAUGUAACACACUGCCAUAUAUUUGUGUCUUUUCUUUUAAUCCGAAGAUCUCUCCAGAGGACAAAAUUGCAUUGCAUCUUUUCCAUGGAAAAUGAAACCAUGCUAUUAAAAGCAAUUUAGCAGAUCAUAUUCUGUAAUCAUCAUAUGUAUUUAAGCUAAAAAGGUGAGAACUAUUUCUUUUGCACUGAUGGUAAUGGUGAGAUCUGUGCUCAGACGUGGAACAAACAGCAAAUAUGUUGCCCUUUGUGGAGGUGUAAUCUGCAAUUAUGAAUUUAUUGUAGUGAGGUACAAACUGAAAGCUGUUCAUUAAACAAAGCACAUAAAUUAAGGUUUUUGAUGAAGUUCCUCAUAAAAUUUAUGGAAGACUCUUAGGAAUAAGAGUCACAAAGAUAACUGAAAUUUUAUUUGAAGUAGGAAAUAGAAUCAUAGAAUUAUACAAUGGCUAUGGUUGGAAGGGACCUUAAAAAUCAUCCAUCCAACCUGGCCUUGAACACCUCCAAGGAGGGGGGGCAUCCACAACCUCCCUGGGCAACCUGUUCCAGUGUCUCACCACCCUCAUAGUGAAGAAUUUCUUCCUAAUGUGUAAUCUAAAGCUCUCCUCUUUCAGCUUAAAACCAUUAGCCCUCAUCCUAUCACUACACACCCUGGUGAAAAGCACCUUCACAGCUUUCCUGUAGCCCCUUCAGGUACUGGAAGGCUGCUAUAAGGUGUCUCCCCAGAGCCUCCUCCAGGCUGAACAGCCCAAACUCUUUCAGCCUGUCUUCGUAGGAGAGGUGCUCCAGCCCUCGGAUUAUCUUCAUAGCCUUCCUGUGGACUCACUCCAAGAGCUCUAUGUCCUUCCUGUGUUGGGGGCAAUAUAAUUUUUUUUUUUUGCUCUGAAAUGGUUUAUUGCAAAGGGUUCCUACAGGUAAUGUGGGGAAGGAGCAUCGUCCUUUUUGGCAAGGGCUUCUCUACUUCUCGCCAUCCUCUUCAUCCUUAUAGUAAUCCUGGCCCAUCUCCUCAAAAUCCUUCUCCAGAGUGGCCGUGUCUUCACGUGCCUCGGAGAACCUCCCUUUCUCCAUGCCCUCACCCAUGUACCAGUGCACAAAGGCUCUUUUGGCUUACAUGAGGUUGAACUUGUGGUCCAGGCAGGCCCAGGCCUCAGCGAUGGCUGUGGUGUUGCCCAGCAUGCAGAUGGCACACUGCACCUUGGCCAGGUUCCCUCCCAGCACCACUCUGGGCGGCUGGUAGUCGAUGCACACCUUGAAGCCUGUGGGGCACCAGCCUAUGAACUGGAUGUGGUGCUUAGUCUUGAUGGUGGUGAUGGUGGUGUUGACAUCCUUGGGCACCACAUCCCUGUGCUGCAGCCGGCCAUGUAUUUGCCAUGGCAAGGGUCACACUCUGCUCAAAAGCAGGAGCUGGUGAUCUCUGCCACUGACAGCUGCUCAUGAUAAGCACGCUCAGCUGCAACCACAAAAGCAUAGGUGGUCAGAGGGAAGUGGAUGCAAGGGCAGGGCACCAGAUUGUUCUGGAACUCAGUCAAGUCAACGUUCAGGGCCCCAUUGAACUGUAGCUGUGAUGGAUGAGACAACCUGGCUAAUGAGUCUGUUCAAAUUAGUGUAGGUCGGGCACUCAAUGUCCACAUACCACAGCAGUGUAUAGAUACUGUAUGGUUGGACUCGAUGAUCUUAAUGGUCUUUUCCAGCCUAAGUGAUUCUAUGAUUCUAUAUGGAUAGUUAUUAAAGGGCUAAAGAAUAAAAUGCCUAUAGUACUUUAACGUAGCUAUAUACAAGAGUCUUACAGUUUUUCAGGCAAUUGGGUGUGCUAUCCAUGUUACCAAAUUUAAUAUCCAUUUAAAUGAACCAUUAAAGUGAUGGCAAGGUCGCAAAUGUUUACAGUUAAUUUUACAUAAAAAAUGUAUUAUAAACAUUAGAAAUUUGCCUUUCAUAGAAUCAUAGAAUGGUUAAGGUUGGAAGGGACCUUAAAGAUCAUCAGGUUCCAAGCUCCCUUCUAUGAGCAGGGACACCUCCCACUAGACCAGGUUGCUAAGUUGAUAAAUAAUUUCUUAUUUAUAUUUAUUUUCUCAGCAGUGUGUUACUUUUGCACACUUUUACAAAACCAUAAUACUACUGUGUUUGUUGUUUUUAUGUUUAAAAUCUAAAGAGAAAUCUGCUUUUAGAAGACACAAAAUAAGGCUACAUGUGCAUUAUGUGGAAGUGUGUUAAAAAAACUGAAGAUCAAACAUUCACAAACUGACAUUGAAAGUUGUACAUUGAAUUUUUUUUGUGUAUGAAUUGAAAUGGUAACUCAUGUGGACAAUAUUACUAAUGUGAAGUUACCUCCUGUAGAUAUGCUAACAGUGUUAUGUACUUAUAUUUCCAGGAGUACCCUGUGGUUUGGGGUUUUUUUGUUGGGUUGUUUUGGGAUUUUUUUGUGUACAUGUAUUGCUGAGGUCAUUUUAUUAUAUAUUUUACUGGACUGAGUGAGCGGUCAUUGGAAUCCAUUUUAAUUGUUGCACAUGGAUUUCCAGCUGCACAAAAAUAUAUAUACUUGUGAUUGGCAAAGUGGCACUAAAAGAAGCUUUUUUGCCUUUUGUACAGGUGAGAUUUUGUAUAUAGUGUUUGCUGCAAGGCCUGUGGAAUUCAUUGAAUAUAGAGGUAUCAACUGCUGCAUGUUCAGGCAUACUAUUAAAAUGUUAGUCUAUGAAAGAAUAAUUAUAAUAAUGUCCAUGUGCAAUACUCUUGUAUGUGUAUUGGUUCAAGUUACUGUCAGAGAGAUAAGGUUUUUGUUAUAAAAAGAUGUAGUCAUAUAUUAAGCUAUACUAAAUCUCUUGUAUAGUUCUCUUCAACUCUAUUAUGACAUGAUAGAGCUUGGAAAGAGAAAGGAAUGUUACAAGUCGUGGUGGACAAAGCGUGAAUCCUUGGCUUUAAGAGAUAAUCUUGGUCUCAAGCAGAUGAGUUAGUUUGUGUCAGUUUUGCAUCUGGCUGCUCAUAGCCGGUUACUGAUGACAACAUUCAGUUCCAUUUUGUUUUGUUUUUAAAACUCAGGUGUAAUUAUUAUAUAUAUUCUUAUGAUGAUUUCAAAAUAUUAAAUAUUAUGAUAUAUCAAUUAAUGUGUUGUGUGGCCUAAAGGUGUAAUAAUGGAUCAAGCCUUUAGUUUAAUUUAAUUUAUCUUCAGUAAUCUUUUGUACUGGGAAAAGACUAGCUUCUGGAGCUGAGUACCAGCACAGAAACAUCUUAAACGAUUGCAUCAUCUCAAUGUUUAAAUUUCUUUCUCUUUUAGAAAUAUAUUGUAGAACUGCCCAUCCAUUUCUGUCUCACCACUGGCUCUGUUUCUUUCUCAUCACAGUUAGCUUUUGACAUCCAGGCAAGAACUGAUCACAAUGCUAAAACGUUCUUUUCCAUAGGUGAGUAGACUGGUUAGGAAGACAAGUUACCGGAUAGUGCACUACUGUUUGUACAACAAGAGGCCUUUACACAAAACUCUGAGCAUUUAUUUUGAAGGAAUAAAAGCAUCCCAUAAAGCUUUUGUAAGCAAGCUAUGUACUCUGUAUUCCUGUUUCUAAUAUGAAGGUAAUUAGCCAACGUUUGUAUUUCAGGAGGCCUCAGCACCUUCAGUGUUUGGUAGGAUGCUAAGAGAAACAUCAAGGAGAUAAAAAAACUUUUGCAUGGGCAGAUAUUUCUUCAAUAUAAAUAGUUAGAUCCUCUGCAUUGGGUUUACAUCAGAAGGUUUGUCUGUUACCUUGAAUAUUUUAAAAGAUAAUUCCUAAAAAUGGACAUUCUGUUACAUUUCUGCCUGUUCUGUAAAAUCUUUCCUGUUCCUUCUUUGUAAAACGAGUGCAAAAUGCCAAAAAGAUUGUUAUUAAUAAUGAUUAUAAAGAAUCCAUUGUUUCUUGUUUUUCCUCCCAAACAGACUUCAUUAAAAAAUGGAAACACAUUUUUCUCUAUAGGAUGAAAAAGAAUUCUCUCCAAAAACGGCUUACAAAGUACCUCUUUUUAAAUUAUGUGCAGAAUAGUUCUGGCUAACUAUAACAUGUUUCAGUUGGGGGGGGGGGGGGGUAGGUUUUUUUUAUUGUGAGGAUUUAUUUGUACAGAUUUUUUUUUUUCUUAUGGAUGUAAUUUGAACCUCUUGCCAUUCAUUAGUGUUAUUUCAUCGUAAACAUUAUUACUGUGCCAAAUGUACUGUAUUCAAAAGGAUGUGAAUGUGUAUUGUUUCGGAACCUAAUAAAUACAAUGAUGUUAAAUCUU